GCCGUGCGCGAACGGAAUCGACAAGUGAGCGGGGCAUCGAACUACAAACGGGCGGCUCCCAUAUUCCACAGGGAGGACCACCGGAUUUACAUGUUGAUAUUGGCAUUGGAUUAUGCCAAUAGCAAGCAACGUUUGCCAAGCGUGAAUGAUGCCAAGCACAUGGAGGAACUGGCGAAACAAUGCGGAGUGCACGAGGUCCUCACGUUGUACAACACCCAAUGCACCAAAGAUGCAGUGCGACGUGCCAUCCGCAGUGCAGGGUCCAGAUGCGACGUCAAUGACUACUUUGUCAUGUAUUUCGAGGGCCAUGCUACCGCAUUAAGCGAUCCUGACCGGCAGGGCCUUCACGAUGAGGCGCUUGUCCUUGUCGAUCCAAACGGGAAGGCUUCACCAGCAACCUUGUUUCUGGAGGAGGAGUUCACCAGCCUUGUGCUGGAGAACUUCAAGCCACAGACACGGGUCAUUGUCUUGACGGAUGCCGGACAUGAAGUGGCGGUUCUGGACCUGUCGCAA